GUUGCAUCGAAAUUUCAACUUCUUGUGAAGUUUCCGACAGCUCUAAGGCGACGAGUGACAAGAAGGAAUAAUGAGGUCUGCCCUUUUUCUUGUAGCGUGUGUCUUUGUAUGCAGCGUUCGAUCCGACUGCAUCAAUGCCACCGCUAUGGCCGACGUAAUCGAUGAAGCUCUGCAAGUCGUUAAUGCCAAGGCUCCAGAAUCCGUUCAAUGGGAGCCUGUCCAUCAUGACAAGAUAUUCAAAAUUAGUACGGGCGAAAUAUUCGGUCUCAAGAAUAUGAAGAGGGUGUCCGCUCCCGCGAUCAAAUGCCUCGAUGAUCGUCUAGCCUCAGUCAAAGUGAAGGUGGAAAUUCCCAACGUCAAAAUCGUGUAUCCCUGGAAAUCCCUUGGACUUCUGAAGUUCAGUGGAUUGGUGUACGGAGAUACUGAAUUCUUGAGGGCCGAUGUGCACUUCACGCGGAAGUCCGACGAGGACGAACCCCUCAACUUCAAGAAGUUCGAUAUCACUGAAGUCGGAGCAGUUAAAGCGCGGGUCACAGGGGCAAGUUACGUAACUUGGAUAUCAUCCUUCUUCCUCACGCACAUCUCGAACCUGCUCAAGAAAACGGUCGGGGACGCCCUGGAAAACCAGAUAGGUCACAAGAUUGUGGACGCACUCAACAAAGUGGAUGGUUUGCGGAAGAUUGUCGACAAUAUUCAGUGAGCUCACCGAGAUGUCGAACUCCUCACGAUGCCAGGAAAUAAAAGUCAUCUA